CCUCUUCCUCCUCCUCCUCCUCCUCCACGCUGCUGCUGCUUUCAGGAAGCGGAAGCAGGAAUGUUGGAGUGUUUUUAGAAAAGUUUGGACUCUUUUUCUGACAGUUCGGUACCAGAGACGCGGACUGCGGAGGACCAUGACGGUGAGCUACCUGCUGCUGAUGCCGCUGUAGAGUCGUCAGUCUUCUGUGACUCAUCAGCAAAUGGAGACUGGAGCUCUGGGAAUGGAAACCAGCGCCGCUACAGAUCCCAGAUUGGAGUCGAUGAGCACGGCCUGUGUGCGGCGGCGGGCCUGGGCCCAGAGCAAAGACUCCGUCUGGCAGGAGUCAAAACCAGGGGACUGUGGCCCUCAGGGGCCCCAACAGACCCAGACUAAUGGGAACACACAGAGACCAUCAGAGGAACCAGGGCAAGUUCCCAACAAGAUCACCAACUGGCUGAGUGAAUGCAGGACGCCCCUCGGAGCCUCUCUAGAUGAUCAGAGUGCUUCUCCCAGUAAAGGAGCGCUGAGGAACGGCUGCAGCUUUGAAGAUGACCUUUCACUGGGAGCUGAAGCCAACCAUCUUCAGUCCAGCAACAACAAAACUGAAUCCUGUUUUGGUCUGGCGGCGGAUCAGAAGAGGAGUCAGUACAAGGAGAGGGGGAGAAGUAUGAACUCGACAGGAUCGGGGAAGAGCAGCACCGUUUCCAGUGUGUCGGAGCUGCUGGACCUGUACGAGGAAGAUCCUGAGGAGAUUCUGCUGAAUCUCGGUUUUGGUCGAGAAGAGCCCGACUUGUCCUCGAAGAUUCCCUCCAGGUUCUUCAACAGCACGUCUUCAGCGCGAGGCAUCGACAUCAAGGUUUACCUGGGAGCUCAGCUGCAGCGCAUGGAACUGGAGAACCCCAACUACGCCCUGACCAGUCGUUUCCGUCAGAUCGAGGUCCUGACGACAGUCGCUAACGAGUUCUUCCAGCUCUACAGUCAGGUUUCCGGACAGCCGGUCCAGCGCAUCAGCUCCAAAGACCUUGGAGGAGACGGAGGAGAAGGAGGCGGAGCAGGAAGUGCCAGUGAACAGACACCUCCUCAGAAGAAGAGCAGGUCGGCCGUUAACGUCGCCAAGCAGCUCCUGAAAAAGAGCAUCAGCAAACACAACCUGCUGGCGGCUUCGCCCGAGUCGCCUGAAGGUCAGAUGAGCAACCAGCAGCUGAACGGACACGCAACCGCCUCCGAUCACACACACACCAACGGACACGCAUACGCCGGCACGGAUCAGGACGGCUGCAGCGCCACCUCCGGCCACCAGGUGGAGACGGUCAUCCAGAAGCACACGCGCAAAAAAGACAACUGUUCCCUGGCGACGGUUACCGAGGAAACCAACGGCGACGGAGAGUCGGAUCGGUUGACAGACAACAGUCCUGACCAGAGCAGCACCAGACCAGAACCAGACUCAGCUGACCUUCAGUCAACCAAUCAGAGAACAGAAGAGGAGGGAGGUCAGGAGGUGAAAGAGGAGAACAACCUGACCUCCACUCCAGAUAAAGCUCCUGCUAGCCUGACCCCGCCUCAGCUGGCCCAGCUUCGCUCAGAAAACGCCGACUCUUUCGACAUGGAGGAGAUUCAAAGCAACGAAGAUGAGUCGCAGUCCAGAACGUCCAGAGCCACUGACCUGCUGAGGACAGUCAGCCAGCAGUCAGACAGCAGCGGUUUUGCUGAAGAGCCGUCGGCCGACUCCAACACCAACCUAAAGGUGCAGGACAGCAGUGACAGCUGUGACAGCGAGACCACUGUGACAUCACAUCCUUCACAAGACGUGGCCACGCCCCUCGCAAUGGACCAGCCAGCGUUUGAUCUACCAGAUGGCAGAGAGGAAGGGGCGGGGCCUGUUGCUGCUGUCGAGGCUGAUAGGAGUUGUAUUUCCAGAGAAGAAGAUGCAGCAGGAAGUCCAGAGCCGGUUCCUCAGUACACGGCUCACCAUCUCCCACGAAGCCAACCAAUGGGAGCGCAGCAGGAGGAGACCCAGGACGAGGAGGAAGUGAAGUUUAGUGACCGGACUGAUCCAGAACCAGAACAAGAGACUACCCAGAGCAUAUCCACUGUUGAAUCAGAACCACUACCACAAUUAGAAAACGUGCAGAAUGUGUUUGUUUCAGAACAAGAACCACAACCAGCCCAGGCCGCCGCAGACACAGGUCCACCCACAGAGGGAGCAGAGAGCGUUGAGGUCCAAGCAGAAGCUCCGUUCUCGGAUGAUUCUGCUUCACUUCGUCCUCCUGCUCCGUCGUCUCCGCUUCAGAGCGCUCUGAACCGAGCCAAGCAGCAGCAGCUGAACCGGGUGGGUUCCCAGAGCAACACGACGUCCCAAACUUCAGCAGGAAGACGAAGUUUCAUCCCCCUGCAGAGAUCCUCCUCCCUGCCCUCCUCCAUCCUAGCCCCCAGCAGAGUCGUACCUUCUGUCAGAAUCCAGUUUGGGCGAGGCCAGACGUCCUACUACACCCCGCCCAAACAACCCACCAGAGACACCCGGGAGGAGGAGCAGGAAGAGGAGGAGGAAGGACAAACCAACUACCUGUCAACCGUCACCAUAAACCCCGGCUCCUCGUCUGGCUCCAACAAAAAUCCACUUCCUGCCACCCCACCGAAACCCUUCCCUCGCCAUCUGAUGCGGUCGUCCUAUUCGUUACAGAGCUCCAGCCCUCCUCCUGAUUGGUCCCCAGGAGGCCACGCCCAGUCCUGGAGCACCCAGAGCGUUCCGGAUCUCUCGUCCAAUCGGAGGCCACCCACCCAUUUUCCAGCCAAUCAACACCAGCAAAGUUGGAACCCGGGGCAGAUGACGUUCCCCAACCCGUUGGCUCAGUGCUCCGACUGCAGCCCAAGCCCCUUCACCGUAAACCCUCCACCUCAGAGCCCAUCCCCUCUCCAUCCGUACGCCAGCCUUCCUAACCUCCAUCACUACCACCACCACUCCAGUCUAACCAGCCUCCACCAGCCGAACACCCCUCCAGUCCCUCCACACGGCAGCAUGUCCAACUUUCACCAUCCGUCCACCUCCACAGCUCCUCAUCUUGUCAGUCUGGGUCACUUCCCUCCUGGAUCUCCCACAAUGCACCAGCAGGGCUACAACCAUCCGUAUAACCACCAGUUACCUUACAAUGCUGCUCAACAUGGCUCGCCGUUUGCCUCACCCUACCUUGGCUACCAUGGCUACAGCAUGAACCCACACAUGCCCUUCCCUCAUCCAGUCUCUCAGUAUUCACCUCUGGUCCAUGAACACAGUCUCUACCCAGGACUAGCACCUUCUGCCCCAGGCUUCCUCCACCCGAGGCUUGGAGUUCCUGCUGCUAACCUGAGCAGCACCGAGAUGCAGCUGAGGAAGGUUCUGCAUGAGAUCAGGGGAACAGUUCAGAGUCUGGCUCAGAACCGAGCUGAUACUCCAGGUGCAUUCAGUGAUCACAGCGCAGCUCUGCCCAGCAAUCAGUCUUUGACAGAGUUUCAGCAGAAGAGGAGGAAUCUGAACUUGUUCCGCAGUCAGAUGAUGGACCUGGAGCUGUCCAUCCUCCAGCAGCAGGCCGUCGUCUACAAGCACCUGAGCCCUGCCGACAGGUUGGAACUGGAGCAGCUGCAGUCUCUGAGAUCAGCCGUCAGAGAGGAGCUGCAGGAGUUGGAACAACAGCUGGAGGACCGACUGCUGGAGCUGACACACAACUCACAACACAGGGGUCUCCAUGUGGACCGUAGCGUCGACAGUCUGUCCACCGCCUCUGCUCUGAGAGCCAUGGAACCGAUGUCCGACCUCCUCAGAGAGCAGCUCUUCCUCCAAUCAGAGAUCAGCUAUGGUGGCCACGCCCCCUCCACCGGUCUGUCGUCACGGGCGUCCAGUCCGGACGGAGGAGGAGAAGGCGAGCAGAGGGGAGGAGUGUACAAAGCAUCCAUCAAUAUCACUCCUACCCUCCGUCCUGGACCCAGCAAACACACUGAGGAGGAGGAGGAGGAGGAGGAAGAGGAGAACAAGGAGGAGGUAGAGAGGGACAGAGGAGCAGCAGCAGAAGAAGGAGGAGGAAGAGGAGGAGAAUCACCAGAGGAAGAGGGAGCAGCAGGAGUCAGAGUGGACAACCUGCAGCAGCUCAUCAGCGAGAUUCGAAAGAGCGUAGCGCAGGAGGUCCGACGGGAGAUCUACAGCGAGCUUCUUGCCGCCGUGUCGCCGCAGCGAUCGCCUGUUCCAUCCCAGCAACAACCCCUGUAGUCAUGACAACAGCAGAGCACCGCCCCCCUUAGCAACCGACACCACUGUCUGUCUGUAACACUGUACAGCUGAGUAACACUGCGUCUGCAACACUGUAUGUCUGAGACACUGAUGGCGGGAAGAACACCUGCGUGGGAUAAACUCCGCCCACCUCACCUGUUUCCAGCUGAGGUGGUGUGAUGUAGUCUGUUCCCCAUCAGUGGAGAUAUUUUGUCUUUUUCUUUUCUGAGCUGUUGUGAUGAAAGGCCAAACUAACUGCUGCCACCGCCACUAAUACUACAAAUACUACAAAUACUGCUACCAGUACCACUACCAGUAUCUCCACUACUAAUCUCAGUCCUGUUAGCCCUCAUCCUAGCUGAGAUCUGAACAUUUGCGGAAGUUUUGCGCUAAUGUUUCUACUUUAAUACAUAAAGUCAGUGCAAUUCCGUGUAAUAAUCAUAAUAAUAAUCAGCAUCUUGUUACAUAAAACACUGAGUUUCAAACUAUGUGUUUUAUGUGUUCAGGAUAAUUUAUUAGAAAAAUAUAUUUUUAAAAAAUCACAGUGUUUCAAACUGCAGCAACUGAAGGGCCAGUUCAUGCAACUUAAAACAGAAUGCAUACAUUUUCUCUCUUCCUGCUUGUUUUUUUCCAGGUUUUGAGAACUUUUAGUCUGAGAUUUGGGCCUUUCUACCAAAACAUAAUAUAAUAUGAAUCCAUUUUGUACUGCUCACAGCUAUGAAACAUGACAUUUAAAAUAACUGAAACAGUGUCUUGGUUACUCUGAAGAAUCCAAACACUUUCAUUUGGAAUAUUUCUAAAUGUCAGCAGUUCAACAGCAGAGGAUUAAGAUUUCAGCAAUUAGAAAACAUGUUUAAAAUACAAAAAUCAAAAGUGCCUUCUUGUGUAAAAGCAUUUUAGAGCCGUUGUUGCACUCGUAGACGUUGGGAUUCUUUUCAUAAAAUCUAACUUUUUAUUGUUGUGAAUGGCUCAGAUUACAUGUUGGGGUGGAAGCAGAAAUCAGAUAUCUAUGAAAAGAGAGGAGAUACUUUCAGCUGAUCCGGCUUUAACAUUCCUCACAGAUACUAAAAAUCAUACAGAAUCCGAGCUUUUACGACCUCCAGGAUAUCGCUGCAUUCCAGAAACUUUACUAAUUUGAUUUAGAUUUGCUGAUGUUCAAACUGAAGCUUGUUUCCCCUUGAAGCUACUCAUUCCAUGCACAUUUCACCUUAGUGUCAAAGCAGAAAGUGUAGACGUGCAUAGAAUCAUGAUACAUCAUCAUCACCAUCAUCAUCCUCAUCAUGCCUUCACUUCUUUCACCUCAUUUACUGUCAUGAGACAAAAUGACAAAAACGAGACACAAAAUGACAAAAAAGACACAAAAGGACAAAAACGAAACACAAAUUGCAUGCUGCUGUUCAGUCCAUAAAAUAAUAAAACAGCUUCAUUUACGUGUAUUUAAAUCACAAUUUUUACAAAUUUAAAAUCAGGUUACAUUAGAGUUUAAAGCUAAAACUUAAUUUGGAGUAUGAACUGAGGUCAGCAAAAUAAUUAGGGCGAUAACAAAUUUAUUAGAAACCUCGACUUAGCGCGUCUGUUAGCAUGCUGUCACCUUCUUUUCUGCUUUUUUCUAUAUGCACCUCUUCAACAAGUGAGACGCAGCUUUCAGACAGCUUUUGAGCCUUUGGAAGGUGUUUUUGUGUUCCUGUCUUGAAGGCUAGCAGUUUCCCACCGUUUCCAUUCUUUGUGCUAAGCUACGCUAAAAACACCCUGACGAUGUGGAAGUGUUUUUUGUCUGUGACUGAGCAGGUGAUGAGGUCUGCGUGUGAUGAAGUUUUUAGACUGAGCGUUCAGAGGUUUUGGUAAGUUGUCAUGGUGACAGUGAUGAUGAUGGUGAUGAUGCAAUGUCCGGUCAGAGGGAUGUGCUUCGUGAACUUUAGCCACGUUAGCAUGCUAGCUUCACUCCACGUGCAAUAAUGUGAACAUAUACUGUGUAUUGAUCAUAAACCGAGGUUAUCGGUAGUAAAUUAUCACAACACUGCUAACAUUUCAGAUGUGAUUGAUCACGUCUGACACAGAUUCAUGUGAAUGUUACUGGUUUUAUUGAGAGAAAUUAACACCAAAUCCACAGGACUGACUGAUCACUAAUCCCUAACCUUCUGUUUCCUUCAGCAUUAAAAACUGUGGAGUGUUUGUGAGAUCAGUGACUAAAAAUCUUAAACCUGGGAGCUAAGUCUGAUUAGCCGAGAGAGCUAAUUAAGACACACACAACUUUAAGUAGCAGUUUCUUUUUUGUUUUAAAUCUUUAUAAUGGGAUCCAGAACAUUUUUACAGACUUGCAUGAGAGAUAAAAUGUGCUUAAAGCUGAUCUUUGUUUACAUCGUUGUUUGUUCCUGUAAAGCUCAGACCUCCACUUCCUAAUAAUCUGGAGCUUUCAAACUCAUCUUGUAGAUUAAAUGUGACUAAAUAUGAACUUCCAGUCACGCAAAUCCUCGUAAUUGUUAUUAAUUUUCUUGUGAAUUCAUUGACUUUUUUGUAGAAUACUUUUUUUUCACUUUCACAGAUCAUAAACUCCGCUCUGCUGGACCAACACUCAUUUCUUCUUUUACUGAUCGAGAGCCCUUCACGCGUCUAAUUCCACUUUAUUGUCAGACUGUUGGUGUCUAAUAAUUCCUGUUGAUGUCUAAUAAUGAUGAUGUGUAUUUUGUACUGAUGUCUUGUAAGUGGGAUGCAGGGAGGGUCACUCUGUAGAGAUGAGAAUAAUAAAGAUGUAUUUAUUUUCAGUA